UCCUCAAACAAAGUUUGACAAGUAUAUUGUGUUUUGUAAUAACCUGGAAAUACUCUCGAAGAGGUUUUCUAACAACAAGAUCUGUGUUCAGGGAGAUUUUAAUCUUCCCCAAGCUCAGUGGUCCAGAGAAAAAGUUGCUUCAGUGACCCUUCCAUCUCCAUUGUCAUCUCCUGAUGAGAUAGAGGAGAUUCAGGUUCACUCUGUUCUAAGAUUGACCAAAUCGGCAAGGGAAGAAAAGGAUGACGUGACCUCACUGAAGCCCAACAUGCAACUCUCGAGGCCGAUGCGGGGAAAUCUCCGGAAAGCCGCCGGUCUCUUUUGCUGCGUGGUCGUCCUCUACUUUACUGUACAGGUAUUCAUCAGCGAUACACGCAAACAGCCCCAAAUGGUCAACGCGCAGCAAAGAUACGUUAUCGGCAAUGACAAUAAAGUGUAUGAGUACAACCGGGAUAUGCCGCUGAUCUUCAUUGGGGGUGUCCCGAGGUCUGGUACGACGUUGAUGAGGGCCAUGCUGGAUGCCCAUCCUGAAGUGCGAUGUGGUCAAGAAACGCGAGUAAUUCCGCGUCUCCUACAGCUGCGCUUCCACUGGCUGAAGUCCGAAAAGGAGUCGAUGCGUCUAGAGCAGGCGGGCAUCAGUGACGAAGUGUUAAAUUCCGCGAUUGCAGCGUUCACGCUCGAAAUAAUCGCGAAACACGGCGAACCCGCUCCGCGACUCUGCAACAAGGACCCACUCCUGAUCAAGAUGGGCAGCUACGUCAUCGAUCUCUUUCCAAACGCGAAGUUCAUAUUUAUGGUGCGCGACGGGCGUGCCACUGCCCAUUCGAUAAUCACCCGCAAAGUGACCAUCACCGGGUUCGAUCUGACCAGUUACCGGCAGUGUCUGAAGAAGUGGAACAGCGCAGUGGAGGCGAUGAACAAUCAGUGUCGGGACAUGGGCAGGAGUAAGUGUCUGAGGGUGCCCUAUGAACAGUUGGUAUUGCACCCCAAGCAGUGGAUGGGUAAGGUGUUGAAGUUCCUGGAUCUGCCGUGGAACGACUCGGUUUUGCACCACGAGGAUUUUAUUAAUAAAGGAAUCAGUUUGAGCAAAGUCGAGAGAUCCUCGGACCAAGUAAUCAAGCCGGUAAACCUAGAAGCAUUAACCAAAUGGGUGGGCAACAUCCCCGAAGAUGUCGUGCGGGACAUGGCCGAAAUCGCGCCAAUGUUAUCGGUAUUAGGUUACGACCCUUACGCCAACCCUCCUAAUUACGGAAAACCUGACGAUCAGGUGGCGCAAAAGACGAAAGACAUCCAGAAAAACAAGACCGAAUGGGAAAAGAAAGCCAAAGAGAUGUUCAGCAUGGGGUGGGACAACGGGGGCGACACGGGGAUGGACAAAGACCCCAGCGACAACCCAAACAUGACGUGAUAAAUACGUGAUCCUUUUCGGGCAUUUUUAGCUUUUUUAAGACUUUCGAACGGUGGUCGAUCUUUUGUUUUUUUUUUGUCUUUGUUUGGUUUCUCCUGUUUGUUUUAGUGGUUUUAAGAGUUUAUUAACAUUCCUUUUAGGCGUUUUAUUUAUUAAUAGUGAAGUUACUAUUUGAGGAGCAAACUUGCAAAGUAUUGUAAAUGUCCAAAGUAUUGAGAAAAAAACGUGCAGUCAUUUGGGCUGAAUUCGGAUGCAAAUUCGUUAAGGUGUCCUGAAUACUUAUGUGCAUAAGGUCUUGAAAAAGUUCUUAGAUUCACAAUUAGGAUAGCUUGAAAGAAAAAACCCUUAUAUAAGUUUGUCGGGUACAUCAACCAGUGUUUCUGCAUAUUGCCUUCUUCAGGACAAGGGAACCAGAAAUACAAAGAAGAAGGGAAAAACGAACAGAAACGAAUAACCGUUUCGUGUAAUCAGUUUUAAUACUUCCACUUCUGGAGGGAAAAUACAGCAACUACACCAAGGAAUCAUAAGCUACUGUGUGAUGCAAACUUAACCCGGGAUACAUACAAGAUUUUCAACUUAUUGUAACAUUGCGAUUCACAUCAUUGAGUUCAGAUGAAAGUUGUAGGAAUGCAAGAAGGAUAUGAUGAUGGAAAGCAAUUUGAAGGUGAACUUGAUUAUUUUUUCCAUCAAUUUUUUUUAAUUUGGCAUUUUUCAUAAACAAUGUAUUUCUCAAUAGGGUAUGAGUGAGCUACCUCAUCAUGACCCUACGAUUCUCUCUUUAUUUCAAAGAUCAUUUGAAGAUCUGUAGAACCCAUUUAUUGGUUUGCAUCUUUAAAAAAAUUCAACAACUUACACACUCACGAAUUUUACCUAGUGGAUUAGAGGGAAACUAAUUUUUUAUUCUAUAUAAUAGAUUCAUAAUAAAUUCCUUGGUUUUCUUGAACCUCACCUAUAGUAUUUGAUAAGAUCUCAAGAGGUUCCAUUGAAAAAUAAUCAAGUUGACCUUUAGGACACAACCAAGAUCACCACACCUUUGGCGCAUUCCUGCACAAGUGAUUAUAACACCUAAUUGCCAAGUUGAAAAUCGGGAACUGUAUUAGAUAUUUUAUGACCUUUAAGGUCUUGUAACUCGAAAUUUAAGGACUUUUGCACAUAAAUACUUUUAUUCAGGACAUUUCAAGGAACCCAUUCCAUCUACCUUCCGAACAGCCCAAACGAUUGUAUGUUUCUUUCUUAGCAUUUUAUGCGAGGUCAAAAAAGUUACAGUUGAAGCAAUUCUUAUUAAAAAAACGAGAAGGAAUAGAAAUCUCACAAUUUAAGUUUAUAUAAAAACUGAAUGAGGGAGAAAAUUGUAUGACCUAAAAAGGAAAGAAAACUUUUUAGUUUUUUAAUAAAAUUACAUUUAAAAACAAACGUCUAAGUUAUUACACAGUUUGUUUUUGUAACAUUAAAGUGGGAUUGAAAUUGCAUUUUCUCCAAAUUAGUUUUCGGUAUUUUUUCACUUUCUUGUCACAGAAAUCAUUCUAGAGGGCUUAGUUUUCUGAAAAUUAGAAAUAAUGGAGCAAAUACAAUUUUGCGCAAGUCUGCUCCUCAUUUUAGUGUAUUUUAGGGGGUUUUGCACAAAAUAGUUUAAUUUUUUUAUACCUCUUAUGUACUUAAGGGUCGAUUAGGCAAAUAUUUGUAUAAAAGUUUGACUGCUGCGUUUGGACCACUCGAGUAAAAGAAAUAUCAACUAUUUAUAAAUACAUUUAUGGAAUUAAUUAUGUUGUGUUUAAUAAAAAAAUGAUUAAUU